UGUGCACGUAUGCACGGUCUAUGCAACGCGCAUUGCGUAACACACGCAAAUAUACACAUUCUUUCCAAUAAUUACCGAACGCACCUCGAAAAUUCAAAUUUGACAUUGACGUUUUCGAAAAACAAAUUCCCGCGCUCCGCCCGCGGGAAAGAGACGGACAUAGCUCCCCGCGACCGCUAUUUGGGUGACGUCGGCCGGUGCAUAGCGAAAUAAAAUAAUGAAAAGUUGCAUUCAGUAAUUUCGUUGUGUUUACGCGCGUUGCUAGUUCGUUCAGUUGGACAUUGCCUUUUUUCUCGCGGUCGCAGCGCCAUCUACGCGCUCCAUAUUCCAUAGUACACAUGGUUGUUAUUCAUGGAUCUGUCACAACAACCUCGACGACCGAUAGUGUGAAAAUGUGAGGUGGGAACAUUUUUUGGCGCGGUGAAACUGUGUCUGGCUGCCCGCGGAAAAUUGAUGUAGCGGUGUUUUUUACUAAACUUAACCUACGACAAUCUUCAGUUGCGCGCGAGCGGCCCCGCACGCGCCUCGCGCUCAUCAAACACUAAAACAUACGAAAAUCCGAAUGGACCCCGCCCCGAAGCCGAAACUUACCGAAUUCAAACACAAAACUUUAUUCAAACUUUUGAAUUUACCUCGCCAAUCGCGACCGACGUUCGAUGACCUCAAACGCAAACUAUUUUUUUAAUUGCUCAAUUUUGUGAUCUAGACCUUAGACAUAGUGCCUUACGUACAAACUCAUUGUGAUGUCAUAGUGCAAAAUAGAUAUAAACUAGUUAAGUGUUAGUGAACUAUAUUUUUGGAGAGAUAACGUUUUGUGUCCGAGUGCAUAUGGACUACAGCAUAGCCUCUAUAAGGGUUGCCGCGCAUGUGCAAUGGCGGAGUGCUCGUUCGCGCGCUGCCAGCAGGAACGCCGCGCGAUACGCAAGGAGCUGCAGCGCUGGACCAAGAACAUGGUGUACAUACUCGGUCUAGAACGGGUGGCGGAGGAGUUGAUGGGUCGAAGAAAAUGGAAAUUGUAUCAAGAUGCGUUGAUACCAAAACGAAUAGAGGGCGAUCAGUCAAGCGACGACGAAUCCAUGCCUGCCACCGACCACCCUCCCGCGCUCAAGAUAAAAACGAUACAGCAGAUCAACGAGGCGGAGGAGACAGAGGAGGUUGGCAGGAAUUCCAUCCUGGAGAGUCUGAUCAAGCGGCCCGCGGCUGCUCCGAAGGUGGAGCCGGAGCCAGCGGAUUGGAAGCCGGCGGACAAGUGCUACUUUUGCGUGGACGGCGAGCGGGGUGAGGCGGCGGAGCCUAGGGCGGGGGGCGCGACGAGUCCCGCAUCGGAAUCGGAUAGCAGUUCUGUGUCAGGCGCGAAGAGCCCCGCGGGGGGUCCGCCGCUGUUGCAACACCUCUUGCAACUGCAAUUACAGGGUCAGAACCCCCAAGCGAUAGCACAGUUUCAACAGAUGCUGGCAGCGCUUGCAGCGCUUGGCACGGGGCUGGUGCAGCCGGCGCUGCCGCAGGCGUGGAUGAUGCAGCGGCUGGCAGCGGCUAGACCGCUUGAUGGGCUAGCAGACCCGGACAAGGUGGGGGUGCCCCGCUCGUCACCGACUGUGACGGAACAGCCCCUGGACCUCAGCGCCAAGUCGACCUCCAGUACUAGUGGCACUCCGCCGCCGGACCUCAAGGUCCAGGAUAAUUCCAGAUUAAAACGUUCCGCGCUAGAUGGUGCCGGCAACAGCACGCGACGUAACUACACGGAAGACGAGCUGCAGUCCGCCCUCAGAGACAUACAGUCGGGGCGCCUCGGCACGCGCCGCGCCGCCGCCGUGUACGGCAUCCCGCGCUCCACACUCCGCAACAAGGUCAACAAGCACGGCCUCGCGCCCGAGGCUCAGGAGUCCGACCCCGACAGCGACCCCGAGAAACCAGAGACGCCCUCCUCCGUCAUCCUCAAAAUACCCUCCUUCCCGCCCCCCGACGACAAGAGCUCGUCGCCCGCCACGCCGGUCACCACGCCCGUGACCCCCAUCACCCCGCUCCUCCCCCCGCAACCGUCGCUCAACCCGCCCUCGCAGCUGCUGCUCCCGCCCUCGGUGUUCGCCGACCCGCCGGCCUCGCAACACCUUCUCACGUCCAUCAGCGACGUCAUCGCCAAAAGCAUAAGCCAAAAGUUUCAACAGCCUCUCGAUAGGCCUCCCCAACUCGACUUGUCCUACAUGCGAGCUCCCGACCGACACGUGUCGGUGAUCAAGACGCCGCCGGACAACCAGAGAAACUACGCCGUACCGAGCAACUCGAAGGCGACGAAUAACGGGCAGCCCGCGACCGGCGGCAAGGGCACGCGGCCCAAGCGGGGCAAGUAUCGGAACUACGACAGGGACAGCCUCGUCGAAGCGGUCAAGGCCGUGCAGCGAGGCGAGAUGUCCGUGCACAGAGCGGGCUCCUACUACGGCGUUCCGCACUCGACCCUCGAAUACAAAGUGAAGGAGCGGCACCUGAUGCGGCCGCGAAAGCGCGAGCCGAAGCCGCAGCAGGACGCGAAGCCGCAGCCGCCGAAGCCGCCUAUGAAGCCGCCGACGAAGCCGUUCACGAACGGGCUCAACGGGCCCGAGGCGCCCGGCUACCCGGCCGGCUACCCCUUCUGGCCCGGCGCCGGCUUCCCGCCGCCCGCCUCCGACCUGUACACGUCGCACAUGAUGCGGCGGCUGCGCGGCGAGGCGCCGCCGCCCGCCAACGGCUCCUUCCUCGAGGGCAUCAUCCGCUCGAGCCUCGAGCGGCCCGGCGCCGCGCUGCUGCAGCGGCUCACCGCCGAGCCGCGCGGCGAGGCGCCCAGCCUGCUGCGGCGGCUGGCCGGCGAGCCCGACGACGAGCCCGCCGCGCGCCGCCCGCGCCUCGACUCCGACCACCAGCUGGCGGCCGAGAUGCGCGAGGCGGUGCAGCGGCUGCGCGCCGACAAGCUGCGGCCGCGCAACGGCACGCCCACGCCGCCCGCCGCGCCCGAGCCGGCCCGCUCGCCGCCCGCGCCGCCCGCCCCGCACCCCGCGCCGCACCCCGCCCCCCACCCCGCCUAG